AUGGAGGUCCAUCCGGUAGGCCCCCCUGAGGAAGGUGAGCCGGCUCCGCGUCAGCAGAUCAGAGGCUCAAAUCGCUCCAAUAAAUUCGCUUUCCGACCCACACUUUCCCGCUUCCAUGUCGGCAGCAGUAGCAUCAACAGUGGUGUCGGAACAGACGCCUACACUUGGAAGUUUCGGCUUCAAAGCCGACGCUAUCGUUCUGGCCAAAAUCUUCUUUCAGAGCGAAGCAUGGUGACUCAAGCAAGCGUUCCGGUCCCUCUUGUCCUAUUGAAAUAUCGCAGAAACUGA